AUGAGUGGGUGUCCAUUUUGGGAAAACAAAUAUCAAUUUAAUUUCAACAAGCUGUCUUUGUCAGACGGGGAAGAUAAGUCACAAGAAGGGGGAAAUAAAGCAAGCAAAGGGGGGCUUAUCUAUGGAGACUAUUUACAGCUAGACAAAAUAUUGAAUGCUCAGGAACUUCAGAGUGAGAAGAAGGGGAGCAAAAUCCACGAUGAACAUCUGUUUAUUGUAACCCACCAAGCUUAUGAACUAUGGUUCAAGCAGAUCCUGUGGGAACUGGAUUCUGUCCGAGUGAUAUUUCAAAAUGGUCACGUGAGAGAUGAACGGAAUAUGUUGAAGAUUGUUGCUCGAAUGCACAGAAUUUCAAUGAUCCUUAAACUACUCGUGGAACAAUUUUCUGUCCUAGAAACUAUGACAGCCCUGGACUUCUUUGAUUUCAGAGAUUAUUUGAGUCCAGCAUCAGGAUUUCAGAGCUUACAGUUUCGAUUACUGGAGAAUAAGAUUGGUGUCCCACAGAGCCUGAGAGUCCCAUACAACAGAAGACAUUACCGGGAUAACUUCAAAGGAAAAGAAAAUGAGUUACUGCUGAAAUCUGAGCAAGAGCUAACUCUGCUGCAGUUAGUGGAAUCGUGGCUAGAGAGAACACCAGGACUCGAGCCAGAAGGAUUUAAUUUCUGGGGGAAAUUUGAAAUGAAUGUACUUAAAGGACUGGAAGAAGAAUUUGCAAUGGUGCAGAGAAUUGUAGCUAUAGAUUUGGAUCUACUUGGGAUCAGUAUGGGAAAAAUCAACAGCAUUCCCAAGCAAGGGUCACGACUGCUCCAUCUGUAUCAUUGUUGCAGUAUAGAGAUUCUGCCAGAAAAUAUAGCAGCAGAAACCAUUAUUCCUGGUAAAUUCUUUGAUGCUGAAGUUUUGAUUCCCCUGAAGAAAAUGAGAGAGCUCCUGGCCAAACUUGUCCUCUGCAUCAAAGAAAUUAAGGACACCAGAAACUAUACUCCACAGGAAGAAAAUGAUGCUCAGGUUAGCUACAGCCUGGGUUUGGUACCUGUGGGCACAAAACAAAAUAAUGCUUGA